CCUAGCUUCCUCCCUUUUCAGUUGUCUGAAACUUACUAAACCCUAGCGAAGCCAAACUUUUGUUCAUUUCUCUCCCGCUUGCGACAAUCAGAAAAAAGAGAAGAAAAAGAUGGAUUUUGACAUGGAAAGAGAAGAAGAAUCAUCAAGGAGGAUUCAAGUGAGAUUCGUGACGAAGCUGAAAGCUCCGUUUAAAGUUCCCACAACCGCCAUUGCCAUCCCCGUUAAUCUCACUCGUCUCGGCCUCUCCUCCAUCGUCAACAGCCUCCUCCAGGCCGGGGACCCUGAUUGGAAAAAGGAGCCAUUGGAUUUUCUAAUAGAUGGCGAGCUGGUUCGGUUGUCACUUGAGCAGUUUCUGCUUGCUAAGGGCAUCUCUGCGGAGAAAACUCUGGAAAUUGAAUAUGUAAGAGCUGUGGCCCCAAGGAAAGAGGAAGAGCCUUGCCCACAUGAUGAUUGGGUCAGUGCGGUAGAUGGUUCCAGUCCUAGGUUCAUUUUGACUGGUUGCUAUGAUGGUUUGGGAAGGGUAUGGAGAGAAGCUGGAUUGUGUACACAUAUACUCGAAGGACAUUCAGAUGCAAUUUCUUCUGUUUGUAUCAUCAACCCAGAAGGUGCCAGAGGUGCUACCGUAGCCACUGCUUCCAAAGAUCGGACUCUGAGGCUGUGGAAGUUUGACGCAGAGGAAUCCACCAAUCAUCCUACAAGGAUAAGGGCUUUCAAGAUUUUAUCUGGGCAUAGAUCAUCCGUACAAAGUGUUGCAGCAACGACUUCAGGAGAUAUGGUUUGCUCAGGCUCUUGGGAUUCUACAAUUAAUUUAUGGCGGACGAAUGAUUCUGAUACAGAUGGCAAUCUGGUGUUGACUAAGAAAAGAAAAGUGAAUAAUCAAGCAUUAGAAUCUCAAUUGGAGGAGGAAGCUGUGUCUACUCUUGUGGGCCAUACUCAAUGUGUAUCAGCUGUAGUUUGGCCACAACAGGAGACAAUCUAUUCUGCAUCAUGGGAUCAUUCUGUUAGAAGAUGGGAUGUGGAAACGGGCAAAGAUGUGUCAAACAUAUUCUGUGGCAAAGUCCUCAAUUGUGUUGAUUUGGGGGGUGAAGGUUCUGCUCUUAUUGCUGCCGGAGGUUCUGAUCCAGUUCUUAGAAUAUGGGAUCCCCGAAAGCCAGGAACGUCUGCACCUGUGUUUCAGUUCUCUUCUCACUCUUCUUGGAUUUCGGCUUGCAAGUGGCAUGGGACAUCAUGGUUUCAUUUACUUUCAGCAGGCUAUGAUGGGAAAGUUAUGUUGUGGGAUCUGAGAACUGCGUGGCCUCUUGCUGUCAUUGAUUCUCACAAGGAGAAGGUUCUGUGCGCUGACUGGUGGAAAGCUGAUAGCGUGGCUAGUGGUGGGGCAGACUCCAAACUUCACAUUUCUUCUGGGAUCUAUAUCCAGUGAGGUUACAUUACUCUAAUGCUUGGUUGAAGUUAGUUUCAAGACUCGUCUUCUUUCACCUUUGAAGAAAAUGAAAGAGGCUGUAUUUUUUGCCUUGGCUAUGGCAUUCCCCGAUAUAAUAAUAGUGGAGAUUAGGAAGAGCAGAACAUUCAUGAGAAGACUGAUAGGUUAAGAGGACAAUGUGGCCACCAUCUUUUGGUUGGCACUUCCAGUUUUGUUAUACAGUAAAGUGGCAACCAUACAUAUAUAUAUAUAUUUUUUCAGAAUAUUAAUUGUAUCUGUUAAAUCAUCAUUAUUUUUCAUAGAUUUGUUGUGAUCUUUUUGGCUACUUUGAAAGUAAAGGUCACCUUUUUAA